AUGUCCCAAAUUACUUUAUCAGACGAAUCCAAAGAAAGAAUCAUCAAAUUAUUAGAUUACGCUAGAACCAUCAGUCACUAUGGUUUUAUCCCAAUGAUCUUAUACUUAGGUUGGUCAUCAACUUCAAACAAACCAAAUAUUUUCAAUUUAUUGAGUCCUUUCCCAACUGUUUAA